AUGUUUUCUCUCCCCUCCCUUCCUGUCCCCACAGGGUCUCUCACUCUCCGGCUGCUCCAAACCAUCACCUUCCACAACGCCAGCUCCACGGACAUGGAGUGGACGGCCCUGCUGGGCGACCUGGAGACCCACUCCAUGGACUGCAGCACCUGUGAGAUCCGCUUCCUGCAGCCCUGGGCCCAGCAGGGCCUGACCCUGAAGCAGUGGCAGGACCUGCAGGAGUUCAUCUAUAACAAUCUGUCCAAAUUCAUCCGUAUGGUGAACGAUCUGGUUGAGGAUGAAGGAGAGGGCUACCCCUUUGUUACCCAGUUCUCCAUUGGCUGCGAGCUCCUCCCCAACGGCACCUCGAGGCGAUUCUGUGAUGCUGGGAUGAACGGCGAGGACUUCAUCAGCUUCGACACGGACAGCGGCAAAUGGGUCGCUCGCCGGGGGGAUAAACUGACUCUCAAAGCCCAGGAGAUUCUUAACUGCAACAAAGUUGUGGCCAUCAAGCUUCAGUUUGUCCUGAGAAUGACGUGUGUCAGUCAGCUCGAGAGAUUUGUCCAGUAUGGGAAAGAGUCUCUGGAGAGGCAAGAGCGGCCGGUCGCCGUGGUGUUUGCCCGAGCGCCUCCCCCAGCCGGGACCCCCGCGCCGGUACUGCUGGUUUGCCGGGUCACCGGUUUCUACCCCCGUCCCGUCCGCGUGGCCUGGCUGCAGGACGGGGAGGAGGUGGCUCCGGGCUGGUGGCUGAACUCCAGCGGGAUCCUGCCCAACGCGGACCUGACCUACCAGGUGCGCAGCUCCCUGGCCGUGGGGCCGGGCGCCGGGCACAGCUACGCCUGCCGGGUGCAGCACAGCAGCCUGGGGGGCCGGAGCCUGCUGAUCCCCUGGGAGCAGAGCAGGCCCUGGGGCCCCGGCCUGGUCGUGGGCAUCACCCUGGGGGUUGUGGCCAUAGCCGCCGUGGCCUUGGUGCUGUGGCGGAGCAGACGCAGGGGCUGUCAGGACGUUAGACCAGGGCAGUCCAGUCCCUGAGGGGGUGGCACCGGCCCAGGCGUGGGGAUCGGCCCCUCUCCUGGGGACACGGACCUUGGGGCUGGAUCUGUGCCCGGUUCCGUGAGGGCCGGUCUGGAUCAAAUCGCUGGGAGAUCGGGGCCCAGGGUGGGGGGUGGGAUUCUCCUCCCUCUGGGACAUUCGGGGCACGUUGGACACUUGGGGACGCUGUGGGAUCGCUGGGCAGGGCCGCCCAGAGGGAGGGGGCAAGUGGGGCAAUUUGCCCCAGGCUCCGCAGGGGCCCCCAAGAGAAUGUCUGAGGCAUCCAUUGUUUAUAUGCUACCUUAAACGUCCUCAAGUAGACUUCUUAUGUGAAUUGCAGCUUUCCAAGAUUCAUUGUUCUUUAGGUGUCUCUUGAUUAGGUCCUUAACUUCAACAUCCCUUUCUCUAGGAACUGACCAAAUGCUCUACUAAGGUUAUUUAGAAAUCAAGCCAGUACACAGCCAAUAUUUAUAACUUCGAAUACAAAAAUGAGACAUGCAUACA